AUGACCGAACAGUUUUUCACAAGUACUAUUCCAUCAAAUAUAACUGAUAUUGAUGAAUCCAAGAAAGAAGAAGACAAUUGUACUGCAUUUGAUCAUUCUGGGGAUCAAGGAAAGGAAAAGACUGUGCCUAGUAAGAUGCGUGACGGUGGAGACACAGAGGAGUACUGUUUGGAGCAAAGUGUAACGAGUCAGAGGAGUCUAUAUAAAGACAUGACAGAGAGAACAAUUUGCUUGAAUGCUGAAUUGGCUUACUUGGGAAGUGCCUGA